UGUGUGCCACUGCAGGUUCUUGUCAUUAUGAGCAGCAGAUUACUCAGGUGGGCGGAGCCGUUCUGAUGUCAGACACCUGAGGGAGCCUCCCAAAACAGGGAGAAAAGAGCCUGCGUGCGUCAAAAUGUUCAGGGGAUUACAGAAAGAGCCAGAAGACGACCGGCUUGAUGUGGCGCAGGCGUCCGCGUGAGGAGCAGGGCGAACAGGUCUUCUGAAGUGUCCGAUUUCAGGACUUUGAAGCAUGAACACCAACACCAGAACUGUAAGUCACCAAGAAGCCAUAAAGUGGUUCUCACAAUCCCAGGUGGACUCUGUUAUCCAGAAUGGCGUCAUUCCAGAAUGGUUCCACGGAGUCAUCACCAGGAAGGAAUCGGAAAGGCUGCUGAAGGAGAAGCCCCCCGGUCAUUUUCUGAUUCGCGUCAGCGAAAGCCGCAUCGGCUACACCUUGACUUACAGGACCAGGGACUGCAUCCGACAUUUUAUGAUCGAUGUUCCCAAUAACAGCCAGUACCAAGUGGUGGGCGAGUCACAGGUUCAUAGAUCACUCCAGAACUUGGUGGACUAUCACAAGCACAUCCCAGUUGUGCCAUUCAAUGAAGUUCUAACCAUCCCAUGUGGUCAGGCCAAGGGAGCUAAAGCCGAUUACGAGGAGCUGCUCUUCUCCAUUCAAACAGCCCCACAAAACCCGAGAAGCGAGAAAGCACCCAUCCAGUGUGAUCCAGACACGGAGACAUCUCCACCUCCACUGCCCAGUCGCUCAUCCCCACACUUUAAUUGGAGCCAUCCAGGAGAUGUUGCCAAUGGGCACGCUCAAGACAUUUCACCUUCUCCACCUGUGAACAGUCAGCCUUUCAUCCCCGGGAGCCUCUACCCGUGUCUAAGUUUGGAGCUGGGCAGCCCGAGCUUCACUGUGGACGUCAAUGCUCUCAAUAAACCACAACUUCCACCCCGAAACAGACCACUGGUGAUGAAGUCCAAAAGUAUGGAGCAGUUAGAUGUCCAGGGUCCGGCGCUCCCGCCGAGAAAUUUGAAACCUCUGUUUGGAUCAAAUUCCAACAUGACCCCAGGUCUUCUGCGUAAGGACCUCAAACCACCCAAUUUCCUCAACCUAAUCCAAAUUAAGAAAAAGCUCCACAAGAAGAAAGAACCCAUAAACAGACCACUUCCUGGAAUUCCACCAUGUCCAGCCCAAGGUGCUCCACCCAAAGUGCCAGAGGCCCAUAUGAAUAACAGAUCCCCACUGGAAGAAUGUGAAGAUGGAGGAAGGCCUCAGUAUGGUUCUGCUGAGGAUGGGCUCAGGAAUGACUGCCCUUCAAGAGUGAAGAGAAUGAUUGAAUUUUCUCCUGAUAAUUCUGAUUAUGGGGCUGGUGUCCUACACCUGUGUGCCAAUCCAGAAGAGCAAUUGGACCCGGACAAUCUACCUUUGGAGUACCUGCAACCGCCGCCCUACGCCCCGGGCUACUACUGAACAUCGAGGGUCGACGCUGAGAGGCUGGGUGGACGGGUUCCACUUUGAAAGACUUGAGUUGCAGCAUCUAUGAGUGGUUUUAAUUGUAGGACAUCAUCCCAGAAAUGUAGAAUCAAAUCAUUUAAUAUUUGGAAAUGUAUGAACUUAUUUAACAAAAACUGCUGAGAUUAAAAAUGUUUCGGGAACAGCUCAGAGGUGUUUCAUGGGAACUCAGGCCUGCUUCGAUGUGACUGCUGAAGAACAUUCUGGUGUGAAACUCUUGACGACUGAAACCCUGAAUCUUCUUACUCUUUCACAGGGCAGGAGGGAAUGUCCAGCUGUCCCGUUUCAAUGAAGAUUUACGUCCUGCAGUGGCCAUUCCUAAUGGCAGGCCAGCUGCUUUUAUUUGCACACUUUUAUUUUUCUUUUUUACUGUUUUAAUUUAUUGGGUCUUGUAUCUACUGUGGCUCCUCCUAUAGACACCCAUACAGUAGCUAUAGUCCAGGGGUACUUAAACAUUUUACUAUGAAGACUCAAAUAAGCAAACUUAAAUCCAAGAAGAAGAUUAUCACCCUAAACACAGCAGAGCCAUACAAUAAAAAUCAAUGUAUGUCUUUGUUUCCAUUCAAUUAUAUUACUUGAAGAGAAAAGUGGAAAGCAAACAUACCUAUUAUAUAAUAAAACACUAAAGUCUGUGUGUCCA